UACGGGCUACAUACGCGAAGCAGCCGUCGCUUUCCGGCCGGCUACUCCAACUAGUACCUCGAGCGAUCCUCCAUACUACUACUUCCAGCAUUCCCAGUUCACCCGCAGUUGCAGCAGCUGCAAUACCGCUUAUCCGCACGCGCGCUAACAUCACCUUCCCUCUCGUUUACGCGCUACUAUAUCGGUCUCCUUCCUCACUAAUGCAGUUUUGCAUUUUACAUUUUACAACAAUACUUUUGUGUGUUUUUACAAUUUACAAUCAAUUCAUGAAUUUUCAUUAAAAUUCUUCUCCAAGUGACACUUGAUUAGUGCCAGUGAAUAUGACUUGUUGUAUAUUUAUUAGUGCCAAAACUACCAAGUAAUAGAGUACCAAACAAUCCAUGUUGUCUUGACAUUUAUCAAAUGUCAGGUUACCGCUUAUUAAAAUAUCUUUGACUUGGUACAUAAUUUUCUGUGGUAAUUUAACCAUCGUUGAAUUAGCGCCACAACUGAAAGUUUAAAGUACAUAGAUAUUGUUGAAAUUAUGGGAGGGAAAAGUGUGAAACGUGGUGUCGAAAAAUUAUCAAUUAAAUCAAUAGGUGACUAGUGAAAAAAAAUAAAAAUCAAAGUUAAGGUUUACAUCUAGAAAAUUACUAAUAAAUAACAAUUCCCUUAUCUCUGGAAAACUUUUAUUGUAAAAAAUUGGUCACUACAAGGAUGGAUUGGAAAGCUCGUCAAGAUGUUAAAGAGUCACCGGAAGCAUCUAGUCAGUUGCCACCGGAAGAGAUCGACGAUUGUUACUUCGAGGAGGAUGGAUCUAUCGACGAAGGCAUGGGUUUGGACAAUGUGAGCUCAGCAACUUUAAGGCCCUUUAAUUCAGACAUCAAUACACCGAGAAUUGAUAGUUACCGGUUUUCAAUGGCCAAUCUCGAAGACUCCCAAGAUGUUGACUUGGACGCGAUCCUCGGGGAACUAUGCGCGUUGGAAAGACGAUGUGAUGGAGACAUUGCUUCUACUCCGGUGCCAGAUACGCAACGAACUGGAAGACCUAACAGUGGAAGAAUCAACACUGGAGACAACAAUGACAUUGGAAAAACUGACGGAGGUAUGCGCACCGAUAGUCCCGAUAAUGAUAGUGCCUUCUCGGACACGGUGUCGAUGUUGUCAAGCGAGAGCUCAGCAAGCAGCAGUGGUUCAGGACACAAACCACCUCAGACCGCCAUGCACACGGCACCCCAACAGCAAUCACAUCAGUUAAUGGAUGCAGCAAGUAGAGCGAAAGCUGAAAAAAUCCGACUAGCACUGGAGAAAAUGCGGGAAGCCAGUGUUCAAAAACUUUUUAUCAAAGCUUUCACAUUGGAUGGAAGCGGAAAAAGUCUUCUUGUCGACGAAGGAAUGAGUGUCGCUCAUGUUUGUAGAUUAUUAGCAGAUAAGAACCACGUUGCGAUGGAUCCAAAGUGGGCUGUCGUUGAGCAUCUGCCUGAGCUUUUUAUGGAGAGGGUAUACGAGGAUCAUGAGUUGCUGGUAGAAAAUCUACUGUUGUGGACAAGAGACUCGAAGAAUAAAUUGUUGUUUGUCGAGAGACCAGACAAAACUCAACUUUUUCUAUCGCCCGAGAAAUACCUACUUGGUCAAUCAGACAGAAAUACAGGCGAGUACGACGACCAUUCGAGGAACAUCUUGCUUGAGGAGUUCUUUUCUAGCAGCAAUGUUGGAGUACCCGAAGUCGAGGGUCCACUGUACUUGAAGUCAGACGGUAAAAAAGGCUGGAAGAAGUACCACUUUAUUCUACGUGCUUCCGGUCUUUACUACUGGCCUAAAGAAAAGGCGAGAACUGCUAGGGAUCUUGUGUGUUUAGCGACAUUAGACGUCAACCAAGUGUACUACGGUGUGGGAUGGAAAAAAAAAUAUAAAGCACCAACAGAUUUUUGUUUCGCCGUUAAACAUCCACGACUUCAGCAGCCAAAAUCAACAAAGUACAUAAAAUUUCUCUGCGCAGAGGAUAAUGCCUCGUUGGAGCGAUGGAUGGUUGGUGUCCGAGUGGCCAAAUACGGGCGACAGCUAAUGGAAAACUACAGGACGCUGGUAGAUGAACUCGCACAAGAAGACUUGGAUAUUCUAGCGCAUGCUAGAUCCUGCUCUGUCAGUUCAAUCGCCGUGCCACCAACCAACCAGACGCAGUACAAUACCACCAACGAUAACGCCAGACAAUUUACGGAAAUUAACAGGCACAAUGGGACCGACAACUCCCGACAGUAUGAUAAUCAGCGGCAGAGUUACAAUUCCGAGCAACGACAGAGUUAUACAAAUGAUGGUAGACUCAGCCGUGCCAGUAGCUCCAGCUCCAGUGGAUGCUUGUCAGAUGGAGCACCGAGCAGUUGCGAGGUCGCCUUUGAAUGCGGCGAGUUCCCAACAGGUACAAUAAAACGCAAGCCCUCAAUGAACCCAAAGUUGCCAUUAACUUCCAUUACCAGACAGCUAAAAGAAGUAGGCGAAACUGUCCGUGACGAACCAGACUCUUGUCCAAGUCCCACGAGUUCAGGGUCCGGUACACUGACACGGAGACACAGUCGCAGAAGAAGCGGCACUGAUUCCGAUGGGUCUGGUACUUUAAAACGACAUCACAGAUCUGGAAACGCCACACCCGUCAGUCCCAUUCCUCCUGGCACUCCAGUUCGCGAAAGAGUCAGUCCCAUGAAUUUCUCCAGAACAGACAGUCAAGAACCUAAAACUCCCACUAGUCCAAUACCAGAGUGUAUGAUGGACUCGAUUACCUCUCUACCGCCUCCGCCAUCACCCCCAAGACUUACUGAAGAAAUAGAGUCUGACGGCGAGCCUCUGCCACCUCCUCCACCAGAAAUGUUCCGGUCAAAUCUGUCCUUAGAUUCAUUACCACCACCACCAGCUCCUGGUGAGUUACCCAUUUGUGACACAACUGAUUUUUCUGGAUCAUCUUUAAGCCUAGUCUCAUUGCCGCCACCGCCAAGUCCGCUUGUUGGCGAAACCGGUACUAUUCGACGUGCCAGGCCUAAUAAACAGACAACCCCAACAAAUUCAUUGUCACCAGAAUGCACACCAACUCACACACCAACACGCAACAACGGUAAUCAAAUUUACGGAAUGAUCAAUGAUAACAAUAACAUGAUACCAAAUCAAAACUGUAAUCUUUCUUUACAAAAUAAUGGCUAUGCUCAUAACCACGCAUCCAAUAUGUCGGCAAACGAUUCUUAUCCUGGAUCCAAUGCCAGCACACCGACAUUCAUGCCAAGUUCACCGAAUUUUGCAAUACCACCACCGUUUGUACCACCUCCAGCUUAUGGGGCUCAACAACAGCAGCAGCAGCAGCAACAACAACAACAACAACAACAACAACAACAACAACAACAACAACAACAACAACAACAACAACUGCAAUUACAGUUACAACAGCAGCAGCAGCUACAACAACAACAACUACAACAACAACAACAACCACAACCACAGAACAGCCUUCAGCGACAAAACUACAAUUCAGAUCAAAUUUACGGAACUUAUCCAGCUGCUCAGCAGUGUGGGCCAAUAAUCAGGCCUAAUCCAAACAUGGAUACCAUCCGAAGAAGCGCUUUAAAGCAAAAUUCCGGGCACUACGCUACUCCACCGUACCUUGCAGAACUGAAAGCUACCGCUAGUCCACAACCACAGAGACGGGUAACCAUCCUAGAGCCUCCAACCUCACCUAAAUCAAAGACUGGAACUGGUAAGAAGAUUUCAUUCAAUUUGCCACCACAGCAAGAGCCAGGAAGUCCAGCUUUGCCGCAAAGAAAACCAAUGCCACCGAGAAGAUCCGAUAGCACACGACUGACUUCACCGAAAAAGUUGGCAGCUUCUGACCAAGCGCCACCCGGUGAUUUUCUAAAAGAUCUUCAGAGAGUUAUGAGAAAAAAAUGGCAAGUUGCGCAAAAGUGUAAGUUAGAUUCAACAACUACACCCCACGAAGUACUCGGUUUCCGUGAUCCGCCCCCGGCAAUUGCAGACUACAGAGAAACAAAUGUCUCUAAUUGGGUACAAGAGCAUUAUGGUGCUGAUAAUUUAUACGAGAAUGUAUACACAAAUGAUCCAACUGCUCCUGUUGAGUACGCUUCAAGCCCAGGACGACAAUCAACAGUGAGAUUUGCUGAUGAAAAUAUAAGUAUGAAUAUUGCUAAUGUAAUAGCUAGUAAACGACGGCCACCACCACCACCACCAAAAAGAGCGGAGACGACUCAUCUAACAACACGAGCAAUGCACUGACAAUAGCAGAUAAUUAAGCCUCAUCACGAGAGGCGGCGGUGGUACUCUUGUUUCUGCGGUUGGUGGAAACACUGAUUAAUCUUUUAGAUUUUUCAUCAUUAAUGUAACUAUGUACUUGCUAUUUAUGGCUGUUGCUGCUACUACGUUUAAUAUUAUUGUUAUUGUCAUUAUUAUUAUCAUUAAUUAUUAUUAAUUUCAUUAUUAUUUCGCCAACUAAACAGCUACUACAUUAAUAUUAGCUGAAUACUUUUGCGUGGCUGCAAAUAAUACUGACUUUAUUGCCCAUCAUAUUUUAUUUGAUUAUUCAUCAUCAUUUAGUACUGGUUACUAUUGAUGCAAAUAAAUAAAUAAAUGAUUAAAUUGAUCAAUAUCAAAUGAUUGUAUGCCUGUUUUUAAUCGAACAUGAAUUUGUUUUUUUUAUCAAUCAUUCAACAAAACACAACGACAGACUGCGCAAUAAUUUUCGGCUGAAGCAUAAAUUAAGCAACGGAUAUAUCAUCGUAGUCUAGAAAAAACACAAAUUUGUAUUGUAAAAAAAUUUAUAAAAAAAGAAAAAAAAAUAAAUUGUAUACAUAUAAGUAGACGUAGGAAAUACUGCUGCACACACUAAGGAUGUGAUAUAAAUUUUAAGCUCGCUUUAUAUUACUAGUACACUGCGAUUGAUUUAUAUUAAUUAUUCAUUUUGAAUAAAUGUGCAACUAUAUACAAACAUAUUCGUGAAUUUAUAAAACGAUUUAUACAUAUAUACACGAGAUUAUACGAAAUAUACGUACGUGCAAUUAAUAUCAAUAACAAUAAUUGAUUAAUAAUAGAAAAAUUAAAAAAAAAUAAAAUUGCAAAGUAACAAGCGUCCGCAAUAAAAUAUGAAAAAUAUAUGUUAGCAACUGGAAUGCACAAAUAUUGGGCCUGUUACUUUUUUGCAUAUUUUUUAAGUGUCCCAGACGUAACUUAAUUUGUAUGUUUUUUUUAUUCACGGUGCUUUAUAUAAGACAUUUUCUCAAUAAAGUUUAACUUAGCAAUUGGAGAAACGUAAUUAUCAUGAUUAAUGUAUAGUUUCAAAAUAAAACGUACGUAAUUUUUUUAUGGAUAUAAACGCGAUCAUAGAAUAACAUAUAGAACUUAGAUGUUAUAUGUAAUUCAGUAAACUUUGUUAAUUUCAUUCAUUUUCUUUUAUAUGUGGUAUCGCGUUUAUAAAAUUAAUAAUUUGAAUUUUUGCACGAUUUUUUCAUAACUGAGAUCUCCUUAAUGCCAUUUUUUGAUAAUGAUAUACACGAAAAGUAAUAAUAAUUAUAUUAUUAAUAAUAAUUAAUUAUAAACACAUUUAUUACGUGUUGUAUAAGCCAUUAAUAUUAUGUUUAAUUAUUAUUAUAUAAAUGAAUUAUUAAAUAGGGAUUUUAAAAAUUUUUAAUUAUAAAUAAAUAUAUACUGUACUCACAUUUUUAUUUUAUUGUGGUACAAUCACUAUGAAAUGGCGUGAUUGAAUUUUUUACGCAUGUUGAAUGAGUUGUUGGUGGAAGAACAGAAAAAUAUAAUUUACAUUAAAUUGACUAACAAUUCUUUAGCAUGUAAUUGCUUUAACGUGAAAAAAAAUUAAAAUUUUUUAGAGAAAUAUUUUUUUUCUUGUUUUUUAAAAAGCUGAAAGUCAAAAAUAAUAUACAAAGACAAAGAAACAAUUUCAUAUGAAGUCAUAUCUAAAAAUAAAAGUAGUAGUAUAUAUAAUAAAUGAUAUUUAUAAUUAUUAUUUUUUAUUUAUGGUAAAAUAUGCAAGAACCAAUUGUAACUUUUUGAGCCUUAUUGCAAGCUGACAUCCCCAAUUUUAUAACCAAUACAAAUUUUGAUAACAAUUAUUAUUGUAAACAAAAAAAAAUUGUGAAACGAAGUACUAAAAAUAAUGAAA